CUGAAACCACAGAGAAGAGAAAGCUAUGCAUGGCGUAUUCUCAUGGAAAUGGAGACCUGAAGUUUGCCUCCAGGUCUGAGUGGCUCCACGUGUUUUCCUCCCACUGCAGCACACACUGGUCUUGAGAAUGAGUUGCCUGUGAUCCUGGAUGCCUUUCAGCAUCUCAUGGGUGAGUCUUCCUGCCCCGGCUUUUAAACUCCUCAGACACACCAUUCAGGCAGCGCCUGGUGUCACUCUGCACCUGAGGAUGCUCCCCCCAGAUGGACCUGAGCCAUCUGAAUCCCUGAUGACCAAAUGUGCGUGAGUGACUAGAGCUGCAUCCCCAAGGCAGCAUGGAGCUCAGGAACGUCACGUGGGUGUCGUAUUUUGUGUUCCUGGGGCUCACACAGACUCGGGAGCUCCAGCUCUCAUUGUUCCUGGUGUUCCUCUUGGUCUACAUCACCACUGUUGCGGGAAACCUCCUCAUCAUCUUCACAGUGACCUCUGACUCCCAGCUCCAUGUGCCCAUGUACUUCCUGCUGCGAAACUUGGCUGUUGUAGACCUCUGCUUCUCCUCAGUCACUGUCCCCAAGAUGCUGGUGGACUUGCUCUCUGAGCAGAAGACCAUCUCCUACCAGGGAUGCAUGGCCCAGAUUUUCUUCUUUCACUUCCUCGGAGGAGUCAUGGUCUUCUUCCUCUCAGUGAUGGCCUAUGACCGCCUCAUUGCCAUCUCCCGGCCCCUCCACUAUGUCACCGUCAUGAACACUCGGCUGUGUGUGGCACUGGUGGUGGCUUCCUGGGCAGGAGGCUUUGUCCACUCCAUUGUGCAGGUGUCUCUGAUGAUUCCCCUGCCUUUCUGUGGCCCCAACAUCCUGGACAACUUCUACUGUGAUGUCCCCCAAGUGCUGAGACUUGCCUGCACAGACACUUCCCUGCUGGAAUUCCUCAUGAUCUCCAACAGUGGCAUGUUAGACAUUAUCUGGUUCUUUAUCCUCCUGGUCUCCUAUGCCAUCAUCCUGGUGAUGCUGAGGUCCUAUCCAAAGGAGGCGAGGAAGAAGGCAGCUUCUACCUGCACCACCCACAUCAUUGUUGUGUCCAUGAUCUUCAUUCCAAGCAUUUACCUCUAUGCCCGGCCCUUCACUCCAUUUCUCGUGGACAAAGCAGUGUCCAUCAGUCACACAGUCAUGACUCCUAUGCUUAAUCCCAUAAUCUACACCCUGAGGAACCAGGAGAUGCAGGCAGCACUGAAGAGAUUGGGGAGGCAUUGCCUGGUGUGUAAAAGGGAGUGA